AUGGCACAACCCCAGAGAUGUGCCGCCGUUGUAGUGGGAGCUGGUCCUGCCGGUCUGGCAGUCGUUGGGAGUCUGCUAGAAAAGCAGCUUGGUGGGAAAGUCGCCUGGGUUGAUCCAUACUUUCAAGGGGGCCGAGUCAACCGAAAUUACCGCGAAGUCCCCAGCAACACUAAAGUAUCGUUCUUCCAAGCCUAUGCCACCGCCGUCCAGCCCUUCCGGACCGUCAUUACCAAUACCCGCAUGCCUAAUCCUUUCACUACCAUGGCCAAGCUUGACCAGGACAAAACCUGCCAUUUACAUCAUGCUGCCGAUGUGGUUCGUGCGCUCACGGACGGAGUCACAAAAAUGGAUGGUGUCCUCGCAUGUCGGGGUACUGUCACGGCUGCAAAUCUGUCCGAGCAAACGUCUUCUUGGACAGUCCGAAUCAAGUUUCAAGACUCCCACGACGAAAUUGAUGUAGUGACACCCCGACUCGUUCUUUGCACCGGAUCGUCCCCCACAGAGGUCCCCAUUCCUGUCUCCGGGCACCACAUCGAAAGGCUGGGCCUUGAUGUGGUGCUGAAGCCUAGUGAACUGGUCUCACAUCUUCCUUAUGACAAGCCUACAAAUAUCGCUGUGGUAGGAGCCUCUCACAGCGCAAUCCUAGCUCUACUCAACUUGCUAGACUUGGCUCGCAGCUCCCAUCCUGAAAUUCGUAUUAAAUGGUUCACACGUCAUCCUCUGCGGUAUGCGGAGUUCAUGGACGGCUGGAUCCUCCGUGAUAACACCGGACUCAAGGGUCUGGCUGCCGACUUUGCUCGCCAACAGUUGGAGGACGACAAACUACCCCAUUCUGAGGCUGGCCGCUUCAUCACCAAGGUUGAUUGCGGGGGAGGCCAGGAGUCGGCACAGUACCAGCGGGUUCUGCCCUCGUGCUCCUACAUAGUUCAAGCUGUGGGCUUCACGCGUGACCCUCUUCCAGAGUUAUCUGUUAACGGUCGUCCAUUGGAACUCGAUUUCGACUCGGCCUCGGGUGGCUUUUACGACGCCAACGGCCGAAUUGUCCGGGGCCUGUACGGGGCUGGCAUCGCGUUCCCGGAGCGGGUGAUUGAUCCACAUGGCAAUGUGGAGCACGCUGUCGGGUUCUUCAAGUUCAUGAAGUACGUCAAGCGGGUGACUCCGCUGUGGACAGCUUCGUAG